UCUCGGGUACCUGACAGAGAAUAUAAAUGUUGCUGCUGUACACAGAGGUAGGGGUGCAUCGGCUGGAGGCUGUAACAUGUGGACUGUACCUAUUGUUGUUACUGGGGACCACUAGAGGUCAGGAUGACCACCAUAUACUUCGACUACACAAUGACAUCAUCAAAAACAACAACCCCAAAGUCAGACCUGUCAAGAACAGCAGUGACACCAUUACGGUCUUUUUACAACUUCAUCUUCUCAGCAUGUCUGAUUUUGAUGAAGUGACUCAGACAGUGACAGCUAAUGGGUUUUUCUUUUUGACCUGGAAAGAUGAGUUCCUAACAUGGAACGCCAGCGAGUAUGGAGGAGUCGGUGAAAUAAGUCCUGACUAUGGGAUGGUGUGGAGACCUUACAUCACUAUUCGUAACGUCGUUGAAAGUGUUGAACCCCUGGGACUCGACUUCGGGAUCAUUAAAGUGACAGCAGAUGGAAUUGUGACUUCGUUGCCUGGCGAUACCUUCAAGACUUUCUGCCUAAUGGAUGUUACCAAUUUUCCUUUGGAUGAACAAGAAUGUACUUACAGUACGUUAGAUUGGGGAAAUACUAUAAAAGAAGUGGAUUUACAACCGAUCAAUAACUCUAUAGGAUUAGACCUGUUUAACGCUAACAGCCAAUGGGAUAUUAUUCACACAUCUGCGCAUAGAGUUGUCCUUCAAACCAGCGACAUGCCUCAUCCAUUUAUAAACUUCAAAAUGACACUGAAAAGAAAGUCCUCCCUAGUUAUACUGACAACUCUGCUGCCUGUCCUGAUGCUGGCAUUAGUCAAUGUGAUGGUGUUCCUCAUUCCUGUGGAAUCUGGGGAGAAGCUGUCCUUUGCCAUCACAGUGCUACUGUCUUUCAUGGUAUCCCUGACCUUCAUCACUGGACUGCUGCCUCAGAACGGUGACACCUUACCUGUAUUUACUAUCUUCAUUGUUGGCCAGUUUGUAAUGAGCUCUAUCUACGUGUUUCUGACCAUCUGGAUCACGCAGGUGUUUUAUCGAGACGCUGCCAUCAGGCCUGUUCCUUCCUGGAUGGGGCGUAUAACAAGGGCCUGGGAAAGAUGCAUCUUUGGCACCUCUGCAGUCGGAAACCAGGAGACCCUGACACAGGAAAGGAUGUCAAAGGACUCAUGGAAUCCCCCAUCAGUGACCUGGAAGCGAGUUAGCAGAAUGAUGAACAAACUUUUCUUUUGUUUGUUUUUCAUGCUGUUCAUCAUAACAACUUUGAUUGGUUUCCUUAAGAUAGCAUAUUUUUGACAUGUCACAAACUACGGCCACGUUCAUCACGUGAGCUAUAAACGUAUAAACCAUGAACUCAUAAACUGUCCAAAUGAAGUAAACGAAUUACACAUAGACAAUGCGACAAUACGAAACUAACCCAUUUGAUGUGUCAGUGAUAGUAUAUAUCUCUAGUUGUCUACAACGUAAUGGGAAUAGGAUGAUAGCAUACGAGGAUGUUUACAGUUGGCACAUGUCUGUUUACUUACAAGUUUACAAUUUUUUUGGAUAUUGCUGAAAACAUCAUUCACACACUCUAUUGACAGUUCUGUUUGUUGUCUAUUUACGUACUUGUGAGGUAUUUCAUAUUUGUAUUCCUUUAUUAUGGAUAUUUCUUUUCACAUGUCUAUCCACGGGUUCAUGUGUAAGUGGUAUUUCCAUUGUCUGUGGAUAUUUGUUUGUUUGUUGUUUACGCCGCACUCAGCAAUAUUCCAGCUAUAUGACGGUGGUCCGUAAAUAAUCAAGUCUGGACCAGACAAUCUAGUGACUGAUGUCAAAAGAAUUGAUCUAUGCAAUUGGGAUACGAUGACUCUCAAUAAGCAAAUCAGCGAGCCUGGCCACAGGAUGAAUUUUGGUAGCCUCUUGCGAUAAGCAUAGUCGACCUUUACGACAAGAAGACCCAUUCUAACCCGGAUCUUCACGGGUGUUUUGUUGAAGUAUCCGUGCCUUGUGUAUUACAGUUCUACUGAAGUAUCACGUUAGUAGUAUAGCAUUGGUUUUGUGAAACCCUAUGUCA